UUCACAGAUGGAGACACUCCUGCAAGAGCUUAGCUCAGCUUCCAAGCUCUUAACUGAUUUUAAGGAGAUGUAUGAAUAUGAGACCCGCUUAAAAACCUUCACCAAGUGGCCCUUCCAGAAGAACUGCAAGUGCACUCCAGAGAAUAUGGCAAAGGCUGGCUUCAUCCACUGCCCAAGUGCAAACGAACCGGAUGUGGCAAAAUGUUUCUUUUGCUUGUUAGAGCUGGUGGGCUGGGAACCAAAUGAUGACCCACGGGAGGAACACACCAAACGUCACACCUGUGAAUUUUUAUCACUUCCCAAGCACUUUGAUGAGCUGACAAUGGAGGAGUACUACAUGCUGGAGAUGACCCGGCUGAGGACCUUCAUUUGCAAAGUUGGCAGGCGCACAAUCAACUCUUUUCAAGAAGAAGUCGCGGCAACGAGGCAGAGGCUGGUGGAUUACUUUGGCUGCAGACCCCAGCUCCCAGCACCGCUACCCCUCGGGGAUGAGCCAGCAGAACAGCAGCCAGGAGGCUCAACUGCCGGGCAGCAGGAGCCCAGCACAAGUGAGAUGUGAAACCUGACUCUAAAAGUCUCUUAAUCUGGUGCAGGCAUUCCUCUCCUUAUCUGAGUGCGAAUCUAGAGCUGAACAGGUGUACGGGGAAGCGUAUGCAGGGAAUUGCUCUCAGCCUCUCUGGAUCAGAGGAGUGAGUACACACAGGUAUGGCCUGUCUUUCACUGUGUGCUUUCUUGGGAUGGCUGGGUGGGCAACUAAGAUCAGUCCCUCUACCCUGCAGUGUGAAAUGUCCAAGCAUAAAAAAUGUCCAAGCAAAUACUUUUAUUCUGAUUUUUAGCGAGCUGACUUUUUUUUGGAAUAAAGAUUCACAACUGUGAGUACUUUCUAUAAUCUGUGUUAAAACCUUGCACUUAGGCAGGCUCAAAUCAAAACAGUUCUGCUUCAAAGCACUUUCCAGCAAAUGAACUGGAUCUCUGUGUCUGCAACAACUGCUUUAAGCACCUGCAUUAUCUACA